AUGAGUGGGAAUGUCGUUCUGGAGACCACAAUGGGCAAUGUGACGCUCGAGCUAUACUAUUCUCACGCGCCAAAGACAUGCAAGAACUUUUAUGAGCUGGCGCGUCGCGGUUACUACAACGGCACAAUCUUUCACAGAAUCAUUCCGGACUUCAUGAUCCAAGGCGGUGAUCCUACCGGUACCGGCCGCGGCGGUUCGUCUAUUUUCGGCGAGAAGUUCGAGGACGAGAUUCAUCACGAGUUGAAGCACACUGGCGCCGGAAUUCUCAGUAUGGCAAACAGCGGUCCCAAUACGAAUGGCUCGCAGUUCUUCAUCACGCUCGCGCCGACGGAUUGGUUAGAUGGAAAACACACUAUCUUUGGAAGGGUGAGCGAGGGCAUGAAAGUUAUUCAGCGAAUGGGUCUGGUGCGUACUGGCGCCGCCGACCGACCGAUCGAGGACGUGAAAAUAAUUCGCGCGGUUGCAUUAUAA